AUGUAUGAACACCAAAUUGUAUCAACAAACCGGUCGGAAAUCAUAACUCAUAACAUCCGGGGAAUUACUAAACGAAACGCUGUGAACGGUAUUUUACAUACGGGGAAAUACCUGGGCUAUAAUAUAAUAUAUAAACCGCUGGGUGGUUUCUGUAGCAUUUCGUGCUGUUUAUAUGUAAUUGUAAGGAUUGUGCCCUGUGCUAACUGUGCCUUAGAAAAACUAUUUUUUUUAACAUUGAACUUAUUUGCCAUAGGUAAUUACCUAUUUAUUUAUUACAGUAUAUUUACUUUUCCAAUUAUUAUACUUGAUCAGGGAGAUGUAACAUCAUGUCCUCAAUUACAUCUCAACCAUUAAAUUCUAAACAUGCUGAUGAAUUGGAAUCCUCACUGUCUUUUUUGAAGAAGCUAGACAUAUAAGAAAAAAGAAAAAAAUCAUAAAGUCCUGUACUCAGAAAUAUAUCGCUGCAUGGGAACAAGAACCUGAAUUUAAAGGUUGGCUGAGGAGCAGCAAGAAAGGGUCCAAUUAUGCAUUCUGCAAGGCAUGCAAUAAAGAUUUUAUAUGUGGCAGAUCCGAAAUCCAUAAGCAUUCUUCAGGAAAACAACACACCAAAUUUUUUAAAAUCAUUACGCACACAAAAAAAUUUGUCUGAUAUGACAUAUUAUAUGGAAAAGAUAUCUUUAAAUAACAAAAACAAAACUGAUGAAAUUGGAAUUGCAGCAUAUGUAGCUGAACAUAACAUUCCGUUAAAUACUUUAGAUCAUUUAUUUUAUUAUUUGUAGAAUAUCACUUGACGAUUCAGAGAUUGCAAAAAAAUUCACAUGUUCUCGCACCAAAGCUACAGCUAUUGUCAAUAAUGUUUUAGGGCAGUACAGUUUUGAAAAUUCUAUUAAUUUAUUACAAACAAAUAAAUUUUCAUUAAGUACUAAUAAAUCUACCGAUAAAGGCGCAAUUAAACAUUUAGCUUUAGUGGCACGCUUUUUUUAUGAACAUAAAAUUCCUGACUUGUUCUUUGGUAUAUUUCCUGUAGCAGAUGCAACGGUAGGAGGACUAUACAACACUAUUGUUAAUUAUUUAUUAAAAUAUAAUAUUAAUUAUAAGUAAAUUCUAAUAGGCUUUGCAUCAGAUGGUGCAAUUGCUAUGAUGGGAAAUAAUAAUUCAUUAUCCACCAAACUAAAAUCCGAUAUUCCUAAUUUAUUCAUUAUCAAAUGUGUCUGUCAGUCAUUUAGUUUAUGUGUUAGUUAUGCUUGUGCUAAAUUACCAGAUGAUAUUGAAGAAAUGGCCAGAGAUGUUCAUAUGAAUCUACAAUACAGUUUUAAAAGGCAAAGCCUCAUUAAAUUUUACAACCCUCCCAAACAAGGUGAUUGUCUGUAUUGCCUGUUGUAAAAAGAAUACUUGAGCAAUAUGAUGCUUUAAAAUUAUAUUUUACAAAUCAGUGCUACAAUAAAAAUGGCAUUCAAGCACAAAAUAUCUUAAAUUUUCUUCAAAAUCCAUGUACCAUAUUGUAUUUACAUUUUUUAAACUUGUGCUGCAGUUUUUUAUGGAACUAAAUUUAGAAAUGCAAUCCGAGAAUAUCAAAGUACACAUGUUAUAUAAACGAGUUGAACAUG